AUGAUUUCCCCUGCAUCUUUUAAGCGCGCACAGAAAAUUAAGACUAACUUGUCUUUUACGCGUCUGGUUUUAUCUCCUUCUACAAUACGUUUAUUGAUUCCACCUUUAUCACGUUCUUCCGAACCUAUAAGUCCCUUUCAAAAUACAUUCCUAGACUCCUCUCUUAUUACUUUCCGAAUUUCAGUUUCAGAAGAUACUGCUGAUUAUGACAUUAACGUCCCUUCUCCAGUCCUUUAUUUGAAUUGUACACCUGCGGAACCUUUACCGGCAACUUCUACUUCAGCCCAUCUUCUUCAUGAUAAUGUACAGUGUUCAUCUUACACUUUCAUAAUACGUACCAUCUUGGAUGGACGGAUAUGUCCUGCUCGAAAUGUUGGCUCUAACCGUUUAUAUUCUAUUCGCCGAGGCAACUGUUACUUUCUUUUGGAUCCCACUCCUGAUUCGGAUAAUUGUUAUUCAGUUCAUACCAAUUCUCCUCUCCUUUCAACUAUGGAUCUAUUUCAAUUUACAUCUGACCGCCCUUCUCCUAAUUUGAAAUUUAUUUUAUCAAAAUUUUUAACCUUUUUCUUUUACCGACAAAACCGUAUUCCCUCCCAUGCUCGACGUAAAUAUUUUAAUAGGUUACGCCAGCUUUUAUUAACACAACGGGUUACCUCUCUUGCCCGUUGGUCAUCUUCUCAUCGUAAUAAUAGACGUACUCGUACCUUUAUUCAAUUUCGAUACCAACAAUCUUGUUUUUACCUUGGCCUUUAUUUUGGUUGCCCGUUUUGCAAGACUCCUGCUGCCUAUGUUAUGUCUCAAUUUCGUCAUGCUUGUCAUAUUCAUGACAAAAAACUUGUUCACACUCCUUCCCCUCCUCCUUGUCCUCCUUUCACUUUACCUUGUAAUCGUGUGUCUAAAAGACACGCUGAUGGUUUUUAUAAAGACGUUACUUCCCGACGUCUAGGAGUUUCCUACCGCAAAUCCUAUGCUUUCCAUCAUGUUCUUGAGGACGACAGUGGUUCACUCUCUGCCCGAACUCUUAUCUCAUAUUCUGCUCACAAAUCUAUCUCCCACCCUACGAAGAAACAACUUGCUCGUGAAAAUAUACGUAAUCUUGUAUCCUCACGUCCUGACGUUUCCUUCUGUUUAAAAGAACGUUCACAUCAAUCUUCUGUUGCGUUCGUGUAUUCUAAGUUUACGGGUUCUAUCCAAAAAGUGGUUUUGAAUCAAUCUUCUGUAGUUGCAAGUCAUUUUAUCACUGACAAACCCACCUCUGGUCCUUUUGUUGGUCCGAACUGCCCUGCUAUUGAUUAUCAAGAUUUCAAAACUCUUGGCUUUAGUCGUUCCAUUAUUGAUAUGGUCCGAAGGAUACUCUCGAAUAGUGCUUCCAUUUAUGUACCUUCUCACAAUUUCCUUUGGUUAUUAAUUUCCAAGCACAAAACUUCCUCAGUAUCAAAGAAGUAUCUUCGAGAUGCCAUUCAAUCUGUUAUCACCAAAUCGGCUUCCUCUUCGACAUUUUCACAUCUUUGGAAUAGUGAAACACGGUUUUCUUUCAAACUAGGUCGUGUUAAACCUUGUGAUAUCUUAAUGUUAUUGGAUGUUUGUGCACCUUGGUUUGAUUCACAUCCUUACCCUGCUCCUUCUGAUUUCCGAACAUCGUGGGAAUUACCCGCUGAUUUUGUUCAUCCAGUUUUUUUAAUGCGCUAA